AAGGCAAAAAAUAGCACGAAAAGCCGGAGGAUAAGAGGGUUCGUAGGCAACGGCAGCAUACGGAUUCCGUUAUGGCAACGACGGCCGGCGGUCUCCAACUGUCACUGCCACCGUCCUUUAACCACCGUUACAAGACUUCCUUACGGAUUGAGCAACCGAUAUCGCCGUCAAUUUGUGCAGCAUUGAGUAAACAAGGCCACCGGUUUCUUACAUCAGUCGCUACUACCGACGAUCCGGCCACCACCGAUCGGUUGAUUCGAAAAUUUGUAGCCUCAUCCUCCAAAUCCGUAGCUCUCGAUGCCAUCUCACACCUCGUCUCUCCGAACAACACCUCCUUCUCUCGUCUCUCUCCUCUAGCAUUCCCCUUAUAUUCUACAAUCAGUAGAACAUCAUGGUUCAAUUGGAAUGCUAAGCUUGUUGCAGAUGUCAUUGCUUCACUAUGCAAGCAUCAAAGAUUUGAUGAAGCACAAACCCUAGUGUCAGAAGUGGAAACAAAAUUAGGGGGUAGAGAACGUGAUCUUUGUAACUUCUAUUGUAACCUGAUCGAUUCUCAUUCAAAGCACCGUUCAAAGCAUGAGAUAUUUGAUUCCUAUGAACGUAUCAAUCAACUUCCUUCACAUUCCUCAUCUAAUUACCUUAAGAAGCGUUCGUAUGAAUCAAUAAUCGGAGGUUUAUCUGUAAUUGAUUUGCCCCAUGAGGCCGAGAGUUUCAUGGUAGAGAUGAAGAACAAAGGGCUUAGACCCUCUGUUUUUGAGUAUCGGUCAUUGAGUUAUGCAUAUGGAAGAUUGGGGUUAUUUGAAGAUAUGAAGAGAGUUAUAUGUCUGAUGGAGGAUGAGGGUUUUGAAUUAGAUGUGGUUUCCUCAAAUAUGGUGAUUUCUUCAUUGGGAUCUCACAAUGAACUUAAGGAAAUGGUGUCAUGGCUACAAAGAAUGAAAAACUCAAAAAUCUCAUUCUCAAUUAGAACUUAUAAUUCGGUUUUGAAUCAUUGUCCUACUAUAAUGUCGUUCUUAGAACACCCAAAAGAGAUCAAACCCACGUCAUUAGAAGCGUUGUUUCAAAUCUUGAAGGAUGAUGAAUGUAUUCUGAUCCGAGAGCUGGUUGAGCCAUCGGUUUUGGCUGAGUCAAUGGUGUUGACUUCUUUAGAGCUUAAGCUUGAUUUGCAUGGAAUGCAUUUGGGUUCUGCAUACUUGAUUUUGUUACAGUGGUUUGAUGAUAUUAGUAUGAGGUAUGCAACAAAUAAUGAGGGAAUUCCAAAUAAGGUUACAGUAGUGUGUGGUGCAGGCAAACACAGUGUUAUCAGAGGUGAAUCACCAGUAAAAGAGUUGGUUAAAGAGAUGUUGAUUCAGAUGAAGAGUCCAUUGAAGAUUGAUAGGAAAAAUGUUGGGUGUUUUGUUGCCCAUGGAAAAGUGUUCAUCAAUUGGUUAUGCCAAAUUUCAAAAACCUCUGUUACUUAGAUUCCUAAAAUUACUUGAUUUUUAAUUUUUGACAA